ACUUUAGUAUUAUCAUUUUCCUUUGAUAUUUCAAAAUUUAAGCAGUAUGUGAUCUAGAGAAGAUGAUUUGCUAAGCGUGUUUUAUCUCAACCAAAACAAAGUUUUGGGCUUAUGUUACAACAUACACCAGGUAAGGGAUUUCCCCAACCCUGGGCAUUUCCUACACAUUUUCUACACAGUUUCGGUUCGGCACUCCUGUAUUGCUACGAAUGAGUGUCUAUACUGGAAAGCAUCAUCUGUCCUGGGUUUGCAAGGUUCCUCUGUCAUGCCUGCAGGGGAGGAUCUUCCAUGUAGAACUGGUACAACAAGAAAAGUUCAAAGUCACAGAGUAUUUAUCACCUGCUCCUUUUAGGUGGUGUACUCAAGAGUCACUAAUCACAGUAGCUGCAGACCUUGGCGAAAUUAAAAAUACCUUUCUAUUUCCUUUGCCACCUUUAGGUGCAAGUGAUCGUUGUCUUGACAAAUUGAGACAUUUGCAAGGGUGAUGCUGUAGAAUGUCAUAUCAACCCGGAACAAUCAACUGCACUGUUCAGGCUUCCCCAGGGCAUUAGAACCCCAAAGCAUUGGUCCAAAAUAUUAUUGGCUGAUCUUUGGAAACGUGACAUCAGGACCAGUCCGAAACCAGGCGCUUUAAAUGAGGUGACACCUGCACUUGUUAUUACAGAUCCAGAUGAUGGCUGUUUAAGGGAUAGAAGAAGGCAGAUGCUAGCUUUUGAUCCCAGAUCAAGAUCAAACUUACUUUUUGUGUUAGUGGAUGAGUAUGGUUAUAAAUUCAAACUGACUACUUACAAUCUAUCUGACCACAAAGUUAUAAACUGCAGUGCUAUCAGUGUGGAUAUUGACAAACAGUCUCAAUGGUUAACAAGUGAUCUGAAUUUUAGUCCAAGUGGAGAAGUUGCUGUUGUCACCACAUGGUUGUUGUGUGCUGGGCAUGGAGUUGACGUUUUUGUGUAUGUUAUAAAUCCAGACAGCCUGGAAGUUCUUACAAAAAUUCCUGUCUUCCAGGACUUGGAACUGAAGACCAUGAAUAGAUCCCUGCCAUAUUCAAUCAUUAUGUCAGCAAAUGAUCGGUCAUUUUUUGUGCCAAAAACUAUGAGUGUUUCUGCUAGCAAGGCUCAUUUUAGGUGUAUCUUGCUUCCAAAUACUUUGUGCCUCAAAAGUUUGUGUCGGAAAGUGAUAUUGACUAAUGUGCCCAUAAAUGCCAUAAGACUACUGCCUUUGCCAGAUAGCCUGAUAACGUAUCUCAUGUUCAAAUAUUUCUAAACAAUUGUUAAAUCAGAAGUAAGAUGGCAUUACCUAAUAAGUUAGCAUUUUUUGUGGUGUUGGUUGUUUUGAUGGUUGCUGUUUAUGUUGAAGAUGUUCAGGGAAAGAAAGGACGAAAGAGGGCAGCAAAUACAGAUGUGCAGUCCAUAAGUAAACCCCAGAAUACAAUCAAAGAACAGAAAAAUAAAAAAGUCCACCACAUAAAGGGGCAUAAUGCAAAGAAAAAUGAAAGAGAAAAUAAAAAGAAUCAAGAAAAGGGAAGAGAUAAUCAUCCUGGCAUUAAAAAAGAACAGACACAAAAACCAAUACAUGACAUAGAUGUGAAAAAUGAAGAGCAAAAGAAAAAUAGAGGAAAAAGUGUUGAAGAAAAAGGCCUAAAGAAGAAAAUGAAAGAAAAACCAGGAGAGAAUCAUGUCAAAAGGCAGAUAACAGAUGCCAAGAUACAUGAUACAAAUGGUGCACAGCCCAUAAGUAAACCUCAGAACACAAUCAAAGAACAGAAAGAUCAAAAAGCCCACCACAUUAAGGGUCAAGAUACAAAGAAAAAUGAGAACAAAAAAAAGAAGGAAAAAAGAAGAGCUAAACAUCCUGAAGCAGGAGAAAAUCCUACUGUAACGACAACAAACAAAACCAAAGCUGGGAAUGAAAAGAAAAAAGGAAAUAUUAAGGAAGAGAGAGUAACUGCUAAGAUACCAGGCAUGAAAAAACAAACGGCACAAAAACCAAUACCUAGUGUAGAUGUAAAUGAAAAGAAAAAUAAAACAAAUAGCACUGAAGGGAAAGACCUAUGGGAGAAAAUGAAGGAUAUACCAGUGUAUUUCAACAGGUGGAUAACAGAUAUCAAAACACCAAGUACAAGUGAUGGAGAUAUCCAGGAUCAGAUUCCUCUUUUACAAGAUAAGGAAAUGCUGCACAAAAACUUACAAUCAUUCCUUGAGACAAUUGCCCCUCCACAGGAAACAGUUUCAAAGCACAGGAACAUAGUAGAUCAUUUCUUACAAGAGAUGGAGAGACGUUUACAAGGAGAACAAAAGAGUUUAAAAUUUGGAAACCUUGGUCUUGUUGGCAGCGUAAGUGAAGGGGUUCAAGUCAUUGCAGCAGACGACUUUGAUGUUAGUGUAGCCAUAGAUAUUGGUCAUCUGUCAGCCAUGGCAUCACAGACUCCAGGGUACGAUUUCAUCGAAUCUCCUAAUUGUACCAGGACAAAACUUUGUGGACAUGACAAUUUAAAAGUUGUCCCUUUUAAAGUCAUCUCCCGUUUGCAAAGUAUCAUUCAAGAAAAUUUAAAUUACUUCCAAAAAUUUAGCCCAAAUCUUAAAUAUAACCUUGGUUUUAAAGGACCUACUGUCAAAGUAGAAAUUCUGGAAGGAGAAGAGUUUCUUGUACGCAUUGAAUUUGUCCCAUUGGUAACUAGUUCCAAUGGCAAUAGAUAUGUAGCAAAAAGUUACAAAGAUGAAGACAUUGAGACAGUUACAGUUUGGCGCAGGUCAUUUGCGCGGGAGGAAAGAGAACUUUUAUCCAAAUUCAAUAGAAAGUCCACAUGCCAUUUAGAUGUCUUGCGAAUUAUGAAAGCAAUCGUCAAAAGAGACCCAGAACUGAACACAACUAAAAAACAUCAUCGCCUGACGUCGUAUCACAUGAAAACGACUUUGUUUACUUUGAUAAGUGAAACACAGGGCAUUGACUGGUCUCCAAACCAACUUCCAUCUUAUUUUGUUAAAUUCCUCCAAAGGCUGAAAGAUUUCCUUAAUCAAGGUUGUAUGAAAAGUCAUUUUUUGGAUGAUGGUAAUUUAUUUAAUAGCAUUUCCAAAUCAGAUAUGCCACGUAUUAUUAAUAGGAUUGACACAUUUCUGAAGGAGCCAAAACAUCUGUACAGAAUACUAUCAGCUGAAAUGAAAGAUCCUGCUCGUGAAGAACUGUAGUAAUGCAUGACUAGCAUCUUUAAUCUAAAACAAUAGUAUGUAGUUUUGGAAUUUAAUUAAUCUAAAAUUUAAUUGAAAAAAAUCUGGAGUUAAAUGGAAUAAAAAUAAACUUCAAGCA